AAAUGGCGCUCGGCGCGGUAUUUUAAACAAUCCUGCUCGUUUCUGAGGCGAAGCUGUGGACGAUGUCGCCGCGCAGAGCUGGGCUUAUCCGCGCAUGAAUGAAGCUGAAAGAGCGCUCACAUUUCCAGAAAGCGGCUGAGACAGAGAUUUCGGAAGAGUUGUGACGCAGUGUGUGUGAAAGCAUGGAUGUGGUGUCUCCUGACCUGAACAGCAUCCUCCCUGAUGAGAUCAUGGACACCGAAGCCAUGGCCAUGGAGGAGGAUCCCCCUGCCGAGACCCCGGCUCCGUCCUCCCACUCAGCCCCCGAGCCGACUCAGGUUCCUAUGGAAACAGAGGUGCCUGAAAUUGUAAGCCUGUGUCCCUCUACCGCACCGACGCAAAAGACAGAAGCUCUGACCACCCUGACUGCAACGGACUCCACGCUGUGCAGCAUCAGCGCUGGCACUCAGCUCGUGGUCACAUCUUCUUCCUUCACUGGUGCCAAGAUGGCCACCGGUGCAGCCACAGUGACCACAGCGCAGACCAGCAGUCCUGUACUGGGUCAGACCAUUGCCAAGCUCUCUGCCCCGUUCACACCGACCAGCCCAACCAACCACCAGCUCAUCAUCAACAAAGUGACGGCGGACGGCAAGUCUGCUACUGCCGCGGUACUUAAACAGGAAGGUCAGAAACUCCUGGUCACGGGUCUGAGUAAAACGGGCCAACCGAUCGUCCUGGCGCUGCCGAACACCUGGAACAAACCGGCCACGUCUCAGGGUGCGGGGGGCGACGUGAAGCCUCAGCCCACGCAGUUUAAAGUGGUAUCGGCGGGGACAAAGCCUUUGAUCGGGGUACAAGCCGUGAGCUCGGCCAGUCAGCUGCUGGGGUCCUCCUCUCCUCUGCAGGCCCAGCAACUCAAAACUGUACAGAUUACAAAAAAGACCCCGGUGUCCACAGCAGGGUCUAUGAUCACCAAACUAAUCAUCACAAAAGCCCUGAACAACAAAGGCCUGGCCAGCCAAGCCACCGUCACCCCUGUAGUCACAGGACGGGUUCUGACCCAGAGCACACCGGUAACCCCUCCACGGACCAUCACUAUCGGAGAGACCAUCAGCACGACACCUCAGAGUCUCUCCUCCACCAGCAGCAGCAACAGCAGCAAAGUGGCCAUUUCUCCUCUUAAAUCUCCCAGCAAGGUAACCCUGGCUGCUCAGCCUCCUAACUCCCCUCAGAAACCCGUCACCGUGCCUCUGAACGUCGCUCUGGGUCAGCAGAUCCUCGCUGUGCAGCAGACGCCUUCUUCUUCACCUGCUAAAGACGGAAGCAGUCAAUCCACUGCCCAGACGGUGAAGCCGGUGCAAACUGUGACAGUGGGUGGAGUCGGCACACCUCAAUUUAAGACAAUCAUCCCUUUGGCCACACCCCCCAACGUUCAGCAAAUCCAGGUACCCGGUAGCCGCUUCCAUUACGUACGCCUGGUCACGGCCACCACAGGGAACACGGCCCAGACUGCCAACGCCAGCACCACCACCACCACCAUUCAGCCUGCCAAGCCCAUGGUGAUGAACACGGCUGCGGUGAGGAUGUCUGUUCCCAUCGUUCCAGCUCAGACAGUCAAGCAGGUAAUACCGAAGCCGAUGACCUCGGCAGCUCAGGUGGUGACCAGCAGCCAGACGCAGCAGCGGCUCAUCAUGCCGGCCGCGCCUCUCCCUCAGAUCCAGCCCAACCUCACCAACCUGCCCCCAGGCACCGUGCUUGCCCCGGCUCCAGGCUCAGGGAACAUGGGCUAUGCUGUGCUGCCGGCCCAGUACGUCACGCAGCUCCAGCAGUCAACGUUUGUGACUUUGGCGAGCAGCUCAGGUUUCUCCGCCCCCAGCUCCAUCCAGACCCAGGCCAGACUUCCUCUCAAUGGUUUAUCACCAUCGGAGACGGCGUCCAGACCACGAAAGCCUUGCAACUGCACCAAGUCACAGUGUCUCAAACUAUACUGUGACUGCUUUGCAAACGGUGAGUUCUGUAACAACUGCAACUGUGUGAACUGCUUCAACAACCUGGACCAUGAGAGCGAUCGCCUUAAAGCCAUUAAGGCUUGUCUAGACAGAAACCCGGUGGCCUUCAAGCCAAAGAUCGGAAAAGGGAAGGAAGGAGAAUCAGAGAGGAGGCACAGUAAAGGCUGCAACUGUAAAAAGUCAGGCUGUUUAAAAAACUACUGCGAAUGCUACGAGGCGAAGAUCAUGUGCUCGUCGAUCUGUAAGUGUGUGGGCUGUAAGAACUUCGAGGAGAGCCCUGAGAGAAAGACUCUGAUGCACCUGGCCGAUGCGGCGGAGGUGCGCGUGCAGCAGCAGACUGCAGCUAAAACCAAACUGUCCUCUCAGAUCUCAGACCUGCUGACCAGAACCGCACCGGCCAUCAGUAGUGGCGGGGGAAAGUUGCCGUACACGUUCGUAACGAAGGAGGUUGCAGAGGCGACGUGUGACUGUCUCCUGGAUCAGGCGAGGAAGGCGGAGCGUUAUAACCAGCCGCAGGCAGUGGCAGAGAGACUGAUCCUUGAGGAGUUCGGCCACUGUCUGCGCAGAAUCAUCAGCUCUGCUGCUAAAGCCAAGACAGACUGCUCCAUUAACUGCUAGAGACUUACACACACUGCGCUUCAGUGAGGAACUGAUCCUGAAUCAGACUGAAUCACACACUGUCCUGUCAGUGGGAUUGCUGGGACUAAGUGUGUGCUUUUGUACAGACUGAGACUUCUGUUAGCUGAUUUUGUGUGUGUGUGUGUGUGUGUGUGUGUGUGUGUGUGUGUGUGUGUGUGUGUGUGUGUGUGUGUGUGUACUUGUACAGGUCACUCGUAUAGAGGGGAAUUGAUUUUAGGGUCAUUUUUAUGCUCAUUAGCCAUCUCAUUUUAAUCUCAUGAUCACACGUGUUUAUUUUUUCUCUUUUUCUCAGCAAGGCUUUCAUUCUGUGCUGUUUGUUUCUCCUCUUGCUGUUUAUUUACCGCUAAUAACCUCAGCUCAAUAAUCAUGACUUGUAUACAGUAGGUAGCCUUUACUGUAGCCUCUUCAUAACGCAUCACUAUUUAUUUACUAACGAGAGAGGACAUGGAGUCUGAGUCCUGUGCUCGUGUCUGCUUUGUGAAGGAAGUUUAAAGCAUUAUUACUAAACCCCGUUGAUCUCUUUACAUCUGUCUGUCUCGUUCCUCUCCUCUCUGAGCUUAAGCCUGUGUUUCCGGUUUACCGCAAGUGGGAUUGUGUAUUAUCACUAGCUGUGCAGCUCGGAGGUGAUGAGUGACUGCACAGUAAUGUCGAGUAAACACGAAGUAAAACACCAGGACAGGAGGAGUGUAAAAGAUAAAACAGCUGGAGGUGCAUAAAUAAAACAGCUGGCUGUAAACCUGACCAGCAAACGACAGCAACAGAAAAAAAAAAAAAAACGGUCCAUGUAAUCACUUUCUAAUCAUCAUUGAUGUUUAAAAUAUUUAAUUUUUAAACACUUUCAAAAAACACUUUUCAACACUUUCCCUAAUAAAUACACCGAUGCACACAA